AUGUCUAAGGCCGCCAAAAAAUUGGCCGCAAAGUCUUCCACUUCAUCCUCACCAGCGCCAUCAGAACCCCUCGGAACUGAACGAGACGCUUCACCUGGCAUCGGCAAGGAUGCCUUUGUGGGCGAAGGCGCAGUUGUGGAGGCGUAUUCGCAGCAGUCGCGAUUCCACGAGGAAACCAUCGAAACACUUUCCAAGGAGGUUGAUCUGAAGCAGGUCAACAUCAACAUUGGCGACCGACCCUUGCUCAAGGACGCUCGGCUCUGGUUCAAAUCCGGCACAAUGUACGGACUCAUCGGACGCAACGGAACAGGCAAAUCGACCCUACUCAAGGCGAUCGGAUAUGGACAAUUGAUCGGUUUCCCGUUGAAUCUCAGGACACUCUAUAUUGAGCAAUUGCCUUCGGAAACACCUGAGAGCCAGACUGUGGUCGAGACUGUACUCAAGGCGGACACAGAACGAACACUGCUUCUUGCAGAAUCCAACUUGCUUCAGCAGGCGAUCAACAAGUACCCGAAGCAGCUAGUCAAGAGCAUAAAGAAGCUGGACUGGGAGCGCACGAAGGUCAAGCUGGCUGCUCAACAAAAGCUCGCGAUCCGCAGGAGUGGCAAGCGUGGUGCUGAUGCCCGUGAAGAGCUGCUUGUUGUCGAGGCGGAGGAAAAGGCGGCACAGGAGGCCUUUGAAGCGGUGCCGAUUGAGGGUGUAGAACCAUCGCUCGAGAUUUUAAAUCAAGCGCACGAGAUGCAGGAGGAAGUCUACAAUAAGUUGCAGCAGAUCGAGGCCCAUUCAGCCGAGGCCAGGGCGCGGGAGUUGCUGCAGGGUCUCGGAUUUUCGGCCGCAAACCAGGAUCUGCCGAUCAAGCAGUUCUCGGGAGGAUGGAAGAUGAGGAUCGCUCUUGCGCAGGCCUUGUUCUUGAAGCCGGACUUACUCUUGCUGGACGAGCCGACCAACCAUUUGGACUUGCCAGCUAUCAUCUGGCUCCAGAACUAUCUCCUCGAGAACCUGAACGAGGAUCAGACGAUUGUGGUCGUCUCUCAUGACCGCUCCUUUUUGAAUGCAGUAUCGCAGGAGAUUAUUCGCCUUCGUGAUCACAAACUGGACUACUUCCCAGGCAACUACGAUGAAUACGAGAUGAAGAUUGAAGACAAGUCCAAGAUGAAGGACAGAAUCAUUGCAGCUUUGGAGAAGAAGAGAAAGCACGCACAGGAGACCAUCAACAAGCAGCGCGCCAUCAUGCACAAGACUGGAGAUGAGAAACGCGGAGCUGUCAUUGCCUCUCGUCAAAAGAAACUCGAGAGAUUAGCAGGACACAAUAAGACUGAAAGUGGACAUCGUUUCAAGCAGUCUUACUACGCAGGCUAUCACUUGGCAAUGGGUAUCGCAAUCGAAAAAGAGGUUCCUGAACCGCCUGUGACAAUACCUCUACCGAUACCCAAGGAGCUGCGAGGCAACCCGACGACUUUACUUUCUCUUAACAAUGUGACGUUCUCCUAUCCCGGCGCUCCUGCCCGCAAGGCGGGCCCCGUGAUCCAGAACGUCAGCCUCUCGCUUCACCAUUCAUCAAGGAUUGCACUUCUCGGACCUAAUGGAUGCGGUAAAUCCACAAUCAUGUCGUUGCUCGCUGGCGAUGCAACUCCGACAUCAGGAACUGUGGAACGGUUCUCGUCUCUGGUCAAGGUCGGCUACUUUUCACAGCACAAUGUGGAUAAACUGGACGGGUAUGCGACAAAGUCGGCGAUGCAGUAUCUGAUGGACACGUUCCCGGAAGAGUACAAGACACAGCCGAUGGCGCGCAAGUACCUGGGAUCGUUUGGGAUUGCAGGUCAAUCUGCAGUGCUACCGAUGUCGACGUUGUCUGGUGGUCAGAAGGCGCGCGUGGCACUGUCGAUCUGUGUCCAUGGAGGUCCCCAGGUGCUUUUACUGGACGAGAUCACGAAUCAUUUGGACAUGGCGACGAUCCAGGGGCUGAUUGUGGCCCUAAAGGAGUUUUCGGGUGCGGUGGUACUGGUUUCUCACGACGCGUACUUUGUUAAGGCAGUAUGCGAGGAUGACAAGGACGAUGAGUUGGCGGAGGAGGAAGACGAGGACGUGCUGAAGGCGCAAGAGGAGGAAGGGGUUGUGUACCGGGUGAAGGGCGGGAAGCUGAUCCGACUGGAGGGCGGUGUCGAUCAGUAUAUGAAGACUGUGGUUGCUGAGAACAAGAAGGGCAUGCGCGGAGGUGCUGGUCGCCCCAUCUAG